GUUUCUGCUUAAUUGUGCAGAUCGUGUAUACAAACCAUAACUUAAUCUUUCGUGUACUCCGUUGUCCUUCAUCUGACAUUUCAAUUCUCCAUAUUGUGGAGGAAGGAGGUGUCGUGUUAAUACAAUAAAUAUCUAAAUUUAUUCCGAUAAAAUGUCGAAAAUUGGUAUCAACGGUUUUGGCCGCAUUGGUCGUCUGGUUCUCCGUGCUUCCAUUGAAAAGGGAGCUCAAGUUGUAGCAGUCAAUGACCCCUUCAUUGGCCUAGACUAUAUGGUCUACAUGUUCAAGUAUGACUCCACCCAUGGACGUUUCAAGGGAUCAGUAGAAGCUGUUGACGGCUGUCUAGUUGUUAAUGGAAACAAAAUUGCUGUUUUCUCUGAGAGGGACCCCAAAGCCAUUCCAUGGGCCAAGGCCGGUGCUGAAUAUGUUGUGGAAUCAACCGGUGUAUUCACCACUACUGAUAAGGCAUCUGCUCACUUGGAAGGUGGAGCCAAGAAGGUCAUCAUCUCAGCUCCCAGUGCAGACGCCCCAAUGUUCGUAGUGGGUGUCAACCUUGACGCCUACAACCCAUCCUACAAGGUCAUUUCUAACGCCUCAUGCACUACCAACUGUCUGGCUCCGCUUGCCAAAGUUAUCCACGACAACUUUGAAAUUGUUGAGGGCUUGAUGACAACCGUUCACGCCACAACCGCCACUCAGAAGACUGUAGACGGUCCUUCCGGCAAGUUGUGGCGUGACGGCCGUGGUGCCCAGCAGAAUAUCAUCCCAGCUGCCACUGGCGCAGCCAAAGCUGUUGGCAAGGUUAUACCGGCUCUGAAUGGAAAGUUGACGGGUAUGGCGUUCCGCGUGCCCGUAGCUAAUGUAUCCGUCGUCGAUUUGACAGUCCGCCUCGCUAAACCCGCAAGCUACGACGCCAUUAAACAGAAGGUCAAGGAAGCGGCCGAGGGACCUCUGAAAGGAAUCCUUGGGUACACAGAAGACCAGGUCGUAUCUAGUGACUUCAUCGGCGACUCCCACUCGUCGAUCUUCGACGCCGCAGCGGGUAUAUCUCUGAACGACAACUUCGUGAAGCUGAUCAGCUGGUAUGACAACGAGUACGGCUACUCCAGCAGGGUCAUCGACCUGAUCAAGUACAUCCAGAGCAAGGAUUAAAUUCUUUAAUUUUAUAUAAUGAGAUGUAAUCGGAAUGUCGAGAUUAACCGACGAUUAUUUUAUUUUAAGUUUUAAGUGUAGCUGUGUAUUCUAAAUUAUUAUUUUACUACUGUAAUAGUAGAAGACGCAUAUGAAUCCCCUUGCACCAGAUAUUAAACGCAUCCAAAUAACUUCCUUAUUUAAUAUCCAGUGUUUGUAUGUUACAUGCUAUAACAAAAAAAUAAAAUUUAUUUCAAAA